AUGUAUAAUCAAGAACAACAUCCUGUCGGUGCUCCUCCUCCCCAAGGGUAUCCUCCUAAGGACGGUUAUCCUCCGGCUGGCUAUCCUCCCGCCGGUUAUCCACCACCAGGAUAUGGUCAGGGAUACCCUGCUCAAGGUUAUCCUCCACCUCAAUACUCUCAAGCUCCACAGCAAAAGCAGCAACCCGGCAUGCUCGAAGGAUGUUUGGCUGCACUCUGCUGUUGCUGUCUCUUGGAUGCUUGUUUCUGA